CACACACAGAAGAAUUCCGUCAUCCGCUUCAUUCACAAAUCUCCAUUACAACAAAACAAACCCUUUCGAAAUACAAAUCAAGGAGAAUUGGCGCGCUUUUCCAUCACAGCAAAAAAUCGGCAAACAAAUCCACAAGUCCUUUCAGAGAAUGAUUCUGCCAAGGCGGAUAAUUCCCUGGUCGUCGAUUCCACCAUUUGUUCGUCGUCGGCGGCAGCGGCGGCGGGCGGUGGAACUAGGGUUAAUCGAUUGUCAUAUAAUCCGCUGCGGAGACCAUACUUUCAUCCACGAUUAGCUUAUCCGGUGGUAAGAAUCGAAGUUAAUUUGUGUGUUUAUUGUCAUAUUGAAGUUUGAUUUGCUUAAAAAAAAGUACAUUUCUGAUAAUUAUGUUGAACCUGUAAUCUGUAAGCAAAUCAUGAAUAUUCAACGGAUAAUUUGUUCUUUCUCGUUCGCUAUCAAUCAGUUGACUUUUGACAGUGUGUAAACAAAAGCUUGAUCAAGUCUGUUGCUUCAUUGGUUGAAUUAUUAUGACCCUACUAUGUUUAAUUAGGUUUAAAUAAUCAAGUCAAUUUUUAAUAAUCAAGUCAAUCCCCUCCCUACAUUACUUUCUCCCAUUCAAGGCUCUCAUCAGUUUUUGUUAAACAUUUUAAAUCUUGUGAUAAUUAGCAGCUUGAAUUCUUGUCAAUUGUUUAUGUGAGAAUCUGAUGCAUGCCUAAUUGCUUCCAAAUCAGGUUACAUUUGAUUUUCUAUUUUGUUUAUGAUUCUUGAUUUUGAAUAAAGAAUGGGUUCUUAAAGUGAAUUAUGUCAUUUUUCGUGUGCAGUGCAGUAAUUGAUUGGGUCGAGGUAUAGGAAUAACAAUUUUUGUGUAAGAUUGAAUCUCUUUACUUCAUCAAUAAAGAAAGAAAAAGGAUUUCGGUUAUUCUCUACUAAGUUGAGAAUUGUAGUCCAUUAUGUCGUCUGAUCUUUGUGGAUCACGCUUUCUUUUGGCUUUGCCUCAUGAAAUAUUUUCUGUAAUAACGAGUUCCCUCUCUCCGAGGGAUGUGUGUAGUCUUGGUAUGAGUUGUCCAGGCCUCAACGCUGUUGCGUCAUCCGACGAAGCAUGGCUUGCCCAAUGUGAUAAAUUGGGUCUAGUCCCUUUUAGCACCCUAAUUGAAUGGAGAAAGGGGGUUUCAUCGUACAAGGCCCUUUGUCGAUUCUUGGUGAAUAUUCAACCAUUGAUGGGCAUUUGGGUUCACAAAAAUCCUGAGGUCGGCAAUGUAGUAUAUGUUAUGCCUGGUUUUUUAUCAGUUGUUGGAUGCAGGAUAGUCCCGCAAACGAUAGGUCCUUUAGGCCUUGAAGAUGGUCCUCUUUUGUGGACGUCUGUAUUUGAAAUUCUCUGCAAGUAUGACGGCUCCACAGCAUUCUUCUUACACGGGAGGGAGCGAGGAGAAGAUUAUGUUUACCCCGGAUUUCUUAAAUCAGUUGAUAGAAAUUGUAAUAUGCUUUCGCUUGAGGUGGAGCCUCUGCAUCAACUGGAUGGAGGAAAUACGAGCUCUGAAAUUCCUUUCAGCCGUUUGGAAUCCGAUGAUAGAGAGAGGCUCCUCGAUUUUACUAGCCAAGUUCGAGAUAUUGUUCCAGAUGCAGCAAAAGGGAUUUUUUUUCCUCCCAUGAGAAACGAUGAGUUUUUUUCUCAACAAGAUUUCGCAGUCUUACUUGAAAGGAGAUUGUUGCUUUUACAUAUGUAUGAGCGCACUUUGAAUCCCACCAAGUUAGGAUCAAGUGCUGCAGGUGGUGGGGAUCAAGAAAAUCAGAGUACUACACUUCAUGGAUUUCUUCAACCGGUCGGAUUGUGUUUACGAGCUCCAAAUAUGAAAAUACAUCAUUAUAAAGCGUGGCCUUCUAUGUAUGAAGGUCAAUCUAUUCUUUAUAAGAUGCCUAUUGAGCCUCCCAAGGAAUAUCACCAGUAUGCUGGUUUAUGGGGAGGGACUUAUGGUUGGACUCCGAGACGGCUAUCUAAAGAAACAUUCGGAGAGCGCCUUUUCUUGAUUUUGAUCUCUUAUGAAGUGUCCGAGGGGAAAGAAUGUAUGCUUGCUACCAAGAUAUUAGAAGGUUCAUCCUAUGCUGAGCGUCCUAAUGGCUCAACUAUGUUUACAGUGAAUAUAGAUCAACCAGCCCUGGAGUUAUUCCCGUGUGAUAGUCAACCCAAUCCUAUUGAUUCCUUUGGGGGAGAAGGUAUUGUGGAUGGUAAUGGUUUCAGAUAUCCCGGUUCUAAACCUGGUUCACUUUUUGUUCUUCCGAAUGGAUUGCUUGUUUUUAUAUACAAAGAGUGGAGGAUUAUGUUGACCUUGCAAAGGCUCGACUUGACGGAUCUUUUAAGGAGAGGCGAAAGAGUGUUAUCUCUGCCGCCAAUUUUCAACUUUGUGUAUCCAACAAGGAUGUACAUCAAUCCUUACCCUGAACCUUCAAAUUCUUGAAGCAGCUCUAUUUUCUCCAAGGCAAAACGGUAUAUAAGACUGCAUGCGCUGAUGUUUGUUUGGUUCCAAUGACAUUGAGCUUUGGUUAAUCUUGGGUGGUUUGAUUCCUUUUUUCUGGUGC